AUGUGUGAUAAUCAAAUUAGUCCCAUUGAGGAAGAGAAAAUAUACUUCAUGCACAACACACCAAAUCUACAGAGUAAGGUAAAAGCCCAAAACCGAAAGCACGACAAAGUCAAGUCCGGUCCCAUCCAAAAGCAUCCAUGCACGAUGCAGCCAGCAUUCAAAUCUAUGGAGAAUAAGGAAAAGGAUCCAGCCUACAUGAAAAUCUCCUCCCCAAUCCUAUUAAACAAGAACGAUGAAGGCAGGAGGCCCUUUGAGCAACGACACAACAGUCAGUCCUGGGUGUCUGAUAGGAGUAAAGGAUCAGAGAAUCAGAUAAUUAAAAAAGGGGAAUGA